CCCUUCUAUGGUCUGGCGGCUGCUCUAAAGUGGUUCCUCACCAACUUCCUACUGUUUUUACUGGAGUUCAACAUCUGUGGUCUCUGGCACUCAGACCGCUUUGCUGAAGCCAAGCCUGGCUUCAAAGCGUCGGCCCAGAAGAAGAAGGGAGACAUCCUGCAGCCGUGUGACACAGAGUACCCCAGCUUUGUCUACGAGCCCUCCAUCAAGGAGACCAACAGCCUCAUUAAGUGUGGACGCUGUCAGAAGAUGUUUGUAACCCAGGCUGUCCCUGACAGUAACCUGCUGAUGUUGGUGGUACAGGCAGACUGUGACUGUUCCCGUCAGUACCCUGCUAUCACCAUGGAACCCAAGGAAGUGAAAUAUAUCCUUUAA